GGCCUCUGUCUUGGAGGGGCAUUCUUGUUUGCUGGCUUUGAGACUGCUGCAACUGGAUAUUAUACACCUUUUGUCCACGCCUGCUCAAUUCUCGUAUCGAUAGGCACUGGGCUCCUGAUGACUGUUCAACCUCAGCACACCUCAUGAGCAAAAUGAGUUGGAUUUCAGAUACUCUGUGGGGCUGAAAUCGGAGAAGAGCAAGGAUUGUACAUGGUGCAGAUGACCCUCCCGGAAGUUGACUUCGCAACUGGCAUCGGCAUUAUCUUGUUCGCGCAGACUUUCAGCGGAGCACUUUUUUUGUCAGUCCCCCAGGCAAUUUUUCUGGAAAAUAUUAGUAAAGCACUGAAAGCGGUGGCCCCGAACCUGGAUCCUCACUCUGUUUUGGACGGUGCAUCAACAGCUCUUCCUGGCGAUUCUUCUACCCAGGCAUCAGCAGAAUUGCGAGAAGUGUAUGGUGCUGGGAUCAAAGAAGCUCUACGCAUUAGAAUUCUACUGGCAACGAUAUCAAUUGUGGGCGCCCUGAUGUACGACUGGAAAAGCUUGAAGACUAAGCAAAAUCAUGGGAGCGGUGGUCGUAAUAGUGACAAUAAGUUGGACCAAUUUGCAGGCGAAUGAAAAAGCUAUGGAAUGGAAGAACGAGCAAUAUUAUCACUGUCCUAUCACUGUCUGUGGCGGUCGGUAGCUUACCGAUAAUUGAGUUGAGAGAGGCACUUGCACUUGAACAUUGCCACGUUCCGAAACUAUGUACAAAGCUUUAAUAGAAUAUUACAAUAAUAAUAAAUGAUCA